AUGCUUUGGUAUUCACACAAUCGCAAAGCUAACUCCUCUCUGCCAGAUCCAGCCGGACAGUUUGCGUGGCUGAAGUCCACGCUUUCGCAGGCUCGUGAAUCAAACUCUAAGGUGCUCCUAAUUUGCCACUUCCCACCGGGCGCCACUGAGAACAGCCCCACAAAAUAUCGACAUUUCUUUGACAACUACAAUCAACGUUUCAUUCGCCUACUGCGUGAGAAUACGGACAUCCUUAUUGGUGGUCUGUUUGCCCACCAACACACUGAUACCUUCCGUGUACUGAAAGAAGAAGAGGAGCCAGCCCUUCCCCUCCUCUUCGGUCCCUCCAUCUCUCCCUGGCGUCUGGGCGGCCUCGGCGCCUUCAAUCCCCGCGUC